AUGUCCAACCCCAAGACCGAAGAGCGUAUGAAGGCAGAGGCAAGCCAGGCCUUAAACACUCAGGAAGACCUCAACUGUCCUGACUUCGAGUCGAGCCGCGUAUUUGCUCUCUCUGCUCAGAUUCUUGCCAACCCUCCUGCCGGCUUUCCUUCACGUAAACGUCUAGUCCGAUCGCUUCAAAGCGUCUAUCUCUUCAUCAUCCAGCCAUCCACUGCCAUCGAUCCUUCCAACCCCCGAACCAAGCCUGUUGAUGGUAAGGUCUCAACCUCGGGAGGAGCUCUACGUCCCGCAAUCUGGUAUGCAGACAUGAAGCACAAGGGCGUCAUCGGCCGUGGUCAGCCCUCCACAGCUAUAUUGGGCCGCAAGCGUAAGGCUGACGUCGUUAUCGAGUGCCGCGAUAAGGAUCUGUUGGACCUGGCUUCGGGAAAGGUUCAAGCACAGCGCCUUUAUAACGAAGGCCGCAUCCGCAUUAAAGGAAACUUGGACAAGGCACUCCAAGUUGCCAAGCUUCUUUCUCACGAGCGAUCCAAAUUGUAUGGCGUCGCUCCUGUCGUGGAAAGCAAGGCUGCUGUUGUCGAUCACCAACGUGAAGGCAACAACCAAGCACACGACGACUAUGGAGUGGGCUCGCCGGCCCCUGUUCCUGACCGAGCUAGGCUUUGA